AUGCUGCGCCUGGGGCUGUGUGCAGCGGCACUGCUGUGCGUGUGCCAGCCCGGCGCCGUGCGCGCUGACUGCUGGCUCAUUGAGGGCGACAAAGGCUACGUGUGGCUGGCCAUCUGCAGCCAGAACCAGCCGCCCUACGAGACUAUCCCACAGCACAUCAACAGCACCGUGCAUGACCUGCGGCUCAACGAGAACAAGCUCAAAGCCGUGCUCUACUCCUCCCUCAACCGCUUCGGGAACCUCACCGACCUCAACCUCACCAAGAACGAGAUCUCCUACAUCGAGGACGGUGCCUUCCUGGGCCAGUCGAGCCUGCAGGUCCUGCAGCUGGGCUACAACAAGCUCAGCAACCUGACAGAGGGCAUGCUGCGGGGCAUGAGCCGCCUGCAGUUCCUCUUUGUCCAGCACAACCUCAUCGAGGUGGUGACGCCUACCGCCUUCUCUGAGUGCCCCAGCCUCAUCAGCAUCGACCUAUCCUCCAACCGCCUCAGCCGCCUGGAUGGCGCCACCUUUGCCAGCCUUGCCAGCCUGAUGGUGUGUGAGCUGGCCGGCAACCCCUUCAACUGUGAGUGCGACCUCUUCGGCUUCCUGGCCUGGCUGGUGGUCUUCAACAAUGUCACCAAGAACUACGACCGCCUGCAGUGCGAGUCUCCGCGGGAGUUUGCCGGCUACCCGCUGCUGGUGCCCCGGCCCUACCACAGCCUCAACGCCAUCACCGUGCUCCAGGCCAAGUGCCGGAACGGCUCGCUGCCCGCCCGGCCCGUGAGCCACCCCACGCCCUACUCCACCGACGCCCAGAGGGAGCCAGACGAGAACUCGGGCUUCAACCCCGACGAGAUCCUCUCGGUGGAGCCGCCGGCCUCAUCCACCACGGAUGCGUCUGCGGGGCCCGCCAUCAAGCUGCACCACGUCACCUUCACCUCGGCCACCCUGGUGGUCACCAUCCCACACCCCUACAGCAAGAUGUACGUCCUGGUGCAGUACAACAACAGCUACUUCUCCGACGUCAUGACCCUCAAGAACAAGAAGGAGAUCGUGACGCUGGACAAGCUGCGGGCACACACUGAGUACACCUUCUGCGUGACCUCUCUGCGCAACAGCCGCCGCUUCAACCACACCUGCCUGACCUUCACCACGCGGGACCCCGUCCCCGGCGACUUGGCACCCAAAACCUCCACCACCACCCACUACAUCAUGACCAUCCUGGGCUGCCUCUUCGGCAUGGUCAUCGUGCUGGGGGCCGUGUACUACUGCCUGCGUAAGCGUCGCAUGCAGGAGGAGAAGCAGAAGUCCGUCAACGUCAAGAAAACCAUCCUGGAAAUGCGGUACGGGGCCGACGUGGAUGCCGGCUCCAUCGUGCAUGCCGCCCAGAAGCUGGGCGAGCCCCCCGUGCUGCCUGUGUCUCGAAUGGCCUCCAUCCCCUCCAUGAUUGGGGAGAAGCUGCCCACCGCCAAGGGCUUGGAGGCCGGGCUGGACACGCCCAAGGUGGCCACCAAGGGCAACUAUAUCGAGGUGCGCACAGGGGCUGGCGGGGACGGCCUGGCUCGGCCCGAGGAUGACCUCCCGGACCUGGAGAACGGCCAGGGCUCGGCUGCGGAGAUCUCCACCAUUGCCAAGGAGGUGGACAAGGUCAACCAGAUUAUCAACAACUGCAUCGACGCCCUCAAGCUGGACUCGGCCUCUUUCCUGGGAGGCGGCAGCAGUGGUGGGGAUCCCGAGCUGGCCUUCGAGUGCCAGUCCCUCCCUGCGGCUGCUGCCGCCUCCCAGGCCACUGUCCCGGGGCCACUGGAGCGGCCCAGCUUCCUUUCCCCUCCCUACAAGGAGAGCUCCCACCACCCGCUACAGCGCCAGCUGAGCGCCGACGCGGCCGUGACCCGCAAGACCUGCAGCGUGUCUUCCAGUGGUUCCAUCAAGAGCGCCAAGGUCUUUAGCCUGGACGUGCCCGACCAUCCGGCCGCCACGGGGCUGGCCAAGGGCGACUCCAAGUAUAUAGAGAAGGGCAGCCCUCUCAACAGCCCACUGGACCGGCUCCCACUGGUGCCAGCAGGCAGCGGCGGGGGCAGCAGUGGGGGCGGGGGCAUCCACCACCUGGAGGUGAAGCCGGCCUACCACUGCAGCGAGCACCGGCACAGCUUCCCCGCCCUCUACUACGAGGAGGGCGCCGACAGCCUGAGCCAGCGCGUGUCCUUCCUCAAGCCGCUGACCCGCUCCAAGCGUGACUCCACCUACUCACAGCUCUCCCCCAGACAUUACUACUCAGGGUACUCCUCCAGCCCCGAGUACUCAUCUGAGAGCACGCACAAGAUCUGGGAGCGCUUCCGGCCCUACAAGAAGCACCACCGGGAGGAGGUGUACAUGGCCGCUGGCCACGCCCUGCGCAAGAAGGUCCAGUUCGCCAAGGACGAGGAUCUGCACGACAUCCUUGAUUACUGGAAGGGGGUCUCGGCCCAGCAGAAGCUGUGACCCCCUCCUCCCUGGUGAGGUCGGAGCCAGAGGGCUGGGGGCCCUCUGGGGGAAGGGUCCGGGCGGCCAGGGUGGGGAAGCAGACUCGGGGGCUGAGGCCCAGGAAGGACGCACAUGCAGACCCGCACGCACGCACACACACACACACCUGACCACCACCCGACUGUGAACAAAACAACAUCCGACAAUAACGGACAGGAAAACAAAGACACAUCUUCCUUAAAGUUUACAAACUGAUACCGAAACCAGUCGUCUUUACUGUGCUGCCCAGGGACUCUGCUGGGGGUGCAGGGCCGGGGGCCGGCGGGGGGAGGAAGGAAGCCAAGAGAGGGUGUGGGGUCUGGGGGUCUGGGGCUAGAAACAGGUGUGUGGACCAGGAAGGCCAGGGUAGAGAGAGACUGAAGCCCCUCUGGGGCAGAGGGAGGCUCUCCUCCCAAGCUGGGGGUCAGGUCUCUUGAAGAUUUAGCAUUAGACAGGCAUUGGGCAUUGUCUCCUUCCACUUUAGAGAGAGGGGGAAACUGAGGCCUGGAGAGGGGAGUUGACAACCCUAGGGUCGCAUAGCAGCUUAGCCUCAAGUCCCUCAACUUCCCAGCCCAGUGCUUCUAACCCCCCCACCCCGCAGCUGCCUUGUGGGACCCCGCCUACCCCGUGCCCAGCCUCCAACACCCCCUUCCAACCUGUGGUCCCUUGGGGCUGAGGGACUUUCGAGUCAGGCAGGUGCUUUUUCUUCCUAGAAAGCCACAUGGCAGUGCCGCCAGAGCGUGCAGCUGUGAUUCAGAAUCCUGGGGGGGCUCUUGUCCCCUAUGCUAGCACCGGUCAGAAGGGAGAGGGUCCUGUUGAUGGGAAAGGAGCCGAGGCAGGGCGACAUUCCACCAGCCCACUUCAAGUGUCUUCCGUGUGGCCUGGGAGGAGUGGAGUGUGUGGCGGCAGGCCGGCUCCCAGGACAUCUCAGGUGCAGCCCCCACCCAGCUUCUCUGGUCCUCCGAGACCCCCGCCCACCGCAGAAGUACAGCGGUGCACUGUGAUGCCUGGGGGGGCUGCAGGCAGGAGGUGUCGUGGGGACAUCCUGUGUGUCCCUGUGGCCUGCAUCCCCACCUGCCUGACCCCAUCGUGGAAUCUUUGCUCCUGUCUCAGCCGGCCAGGGAAGGAGGGCUUUCUCACCCACCCCCUCUUGGCUGCUCUUCGCAGCCUGCCCCCUGGCUGGCGAGGCUCCCAUGUUUCCAUGGCAAUGGCCACUCCCCUCUUUCUGACCCCCACCCAACAUCAAACAAAGCACAAACAGUGAGGCACCCUGCUGAUCUGGGAGGGGUGGGGAGCAGGCUGGGUUCCUGGCACCCCGCCCCCUCCCAGCCAUCCUCUGUCGCCAUGGUAACCCUGUGCCUGGCAGUUGGUGCCCAGAGUGACCGUUGUGCUCUGGGGUUCUCUGUCUGUGUGGGUGGUGGCAGUUGGUGGUGAGGGUGGUAAGGGAAGACCAGCCUGGUGGGAGCUCCUGGGGCCAACUCUUGAGAGGCAAAUCUGGGGUCCUGAGACUGGGGUCUUAACCAGUCGGGAUGCUGAGGGGCGGAGUCCAUCAUCCUUCACCUCUGGGUGGGAGCUGGGCCGGUGGGGCGUGGGGAAGCCUGUACUAGCAACUUUGCCCACCUGGCGACGUGCCCCUCGGCUCCCACCCACCUCAGCAUGGGAGGGGGGCCUCGGCUCUCCCCACGUUCCUGCCAGAGACCCCUAACUUUGGGGCUGUGGCCCACAUGGGUUUCCUGAGAUUCGGAUAGUAUGACUGAGGGGUGAGGGUAGGGGCUGGGGUGGGACAAGCCAGGCAGUGUUGGUUUGGAGGGACUGACUGGGAAAGUGAGUGCCAUCCCUGGGGGGCCCCAACCGUCUUCCUACUGGGGGCAAGGGGUCCAGGGGGAUAGCGGAGGGCUGGGAGGCUCAGGCUCAGCUCAGCACCUCUCUCAUCCCAACUGUGGGGUGAAUGAAACCCAGGGCUCACUUUGGGGGUGACAUUUGCAAAGAAAAGACUGUUCUCCCUGGGGCAAGGAGGGGAGGGGGUGGCAUGGACACUUGGAGCAGACCUCCCUUCCCCGGCCCCCCAAACCUGCCCCAACCCCUCCUCACACCCAGUUGGCACAACUGACAACAGCCAGCAGGCAGAGAAACCAGGGUGUGAGCAAGCAGACUCCCCAUUCUAUUUGCAUGACGAUUUUACUGUAUUUUUCUGAGCAAACAUCUGUCGUGUAUGUGCCAGUUUGUCCAGACUCCCCUGCCCCCUCCCUGACACCCUCCUUUCCCACAUGCGUCUGUUGUGAUCUGACGAGCAGCUCUUGAAACCCAGGGAGGGGUCAGCUCUGCAAACAGACCCAAAACAGGUGCCACCGAGACACAGCCCUGCCCCACACCACCUCUUGCCUCUCUGGGCAUUGGGCCUGCAAGUGCCACCUCCCUUCCUUCUUCCAUCUCCCCACUGCCACCUCCCUUUUCCCCAGUUCCUUCCCCUCCUCCAUGCCAGGGAGGGCAGCCCCAGGGAAGCCUCCGUGAGGCACCAUGUCCAGGUGGAAGGGACUGUCCGUCCGUCCUGCUUGUUCCCAUUUUGCAGAUGAGGAAGUCAGGGCUCUCAGACAGGGGCCUGGUGACUUGGCCGGCCAGCUGCGGUGGAGGGUCGGUUACACUGCUCAGUAUAGGAGGCCAGGAACUUAGGGCUUUGUGAGGGACUUCAUGGAGGGGCUGGGGGCUUUGAGAAAGGAACCAUGGGAAGAAGGAGCCCGCCUGGGUGGGCCUCAGGGAGGGUUCCCGGCAGUAGGAGUGAGCGCCUGUCCUUGCCAUUUCCCCAUCCUUCCUGCCUGAAGAUAGCUAUCAAAACCUCAGACGCUCCGACUGCAAGGACAGGGAUCCAUCUGGAGAGCAGGACCCUGAAACUCUGGGAGGGGACUGGCCCUGACGACUCAGUUCAUGUGGUCCUUUGUGAGGCAGAGCAGAGUCUAAGCGUCAGGACUCUGGCCUCCCCGGCCAGGCCAGACCCUAACUUUUCAGUUAGAAGAGGGCUUACCCACCUGGAGGCUGGCCUGCAUCUGUGUCCCGCCUCCUGCUCAGGAUGAGUUUUUCCCAGGCGGGAGGGAAGGAUUCACAAACAACUUGAACGCUGACAUCUUGGAGUCUGGUCCAGGUUUGGGUUUGUGAUGGUGAUGAGCACGGUUGAGCUGGGGCAGGCCGGGGGACAGACACCCAGGAGAGGAGGACAGGGAGCCCCAGGGAGGGAGGGGAGACGGGCCCCGGCAGUGUGAGGGGUGAGCUGAGCUGGCUGGAGGACAUGUGAGUGCAGCGCCCUGGACCUCUGCAGGGAGGUCUCCUGCCUUGGGCCCGAACGAGGUCACACCUGGGCUUGUCCAUCCCUGGUACCUAUUGGAGACUUACCUCUGGAGCUGUUUGUGGGAAGUAGGGAUGGGUCUGCUCCCUCCUGAAGGGCACAGCUGGUGCGGCCAGCCCUCUGUUGGAGCUCACGGCCUUCUAGAAGCAAAACAUGAAGGCCGGCAGGAAGGCAAGAAAGCCUAGGUGGUGGGGACACCUCUUCACAGGCCCCAGCCUUACGGCCUCACUUCUUCCCUCAGCAAGAAUCGUCUCUGUCUGCCUACCAACGAUCCCUCCCUUGCGCUCCCCUCCCAGGCAGUGUGGAAAGCCUGUGGGGGUAGGUCUGGGAAAAGGGCCGUCAGGGCAGUAAGGAGGGUGGGAAUAAAAAGACUCACUUGGGAAGGCAGGGCCUGGAUCGCCCCUGAGAGGCAGCAGGGCUGGGGCAGCAGCAGCAUGGAGUGUCGGGCUGGCGGAAAGUCACCAUGUUCUCAACUGGAAGUUGGUUGCCUGCCCCACCCACCCCCUGGAAAUUUAACAGAGGGGGAGACAGAAUUGCAGAGAAGAAAAGGAGAGGGAAGGAAACUUAGAGUCAAGAAACCUGGCAGUGACAGUGCUAAGGCCAGGAUGGCAUCGGGAAUUAGGGACAGCAGUGACAGGUCCCCACUUCUGAGGGGUCUAAGUGCAGGGAAGGGACAGACACAAAGCUCCCUGGUGACUGGUGCCUUGCAGAGAAUUAAAAUAGGGUGAUGGGGAGGGGAGGGCCAAGGGUGGUCAGGGAACAUCCCCUGUGGGAUGGGGGGGUUGGGGGGGCACGGGCCCAAGCUCUGAAUGACCAGAGGAGCCAGAAGGAUGGGUGGGCAGGUGUGAAGACGAGCCUGGAGGGAAUGGAGUUGCAGUGGGUGCCUGUCCCCCAAGCACCACCUCCAUCCCCUACCACUCUGCCUCUGCCCAUUCCAGGCCCAGCAGGGUCCCGUCUCCAUGAGCAUGGCCCUGAGGGGCUUACUUGGCCCAUGGAAGCGGUGUGAAGGAUGCCCCACCUUACUGCCAUCUCUCCUCUCUGAUGAGGUGGCUGCUCCAGAGGUGGCUGAGCUCCAGGAGAGGGGCCCUCCUCUUACCCUCAGGCUCAGAUCCUGUCCUGACACACUCCUUCCCUGACCCUGGGUCCUUCCGCCUCUAAGACAGAACCCGGGUGCACACUGCUUGCCUCUGGAGGCAGCCUCGGCCCUCACUAAAGGUCAGGCAGUCCUGCAGAGCGGGAGGGAGAGGAAGGGGUCCAGUAGGGUGGGCAGGAUGGUCUGGGCCUCCUUCCUCCUCCCCCUCUGCCACUCCACCCAGCACAGGGCUGGGCAGGCGAAUGGAGUUCCUAGAGUGUCCGCCACCCAGCCCUCCCACCGUCCCUCCCUCCCUCCCACCGUCCGUCCUUCCCUCCCUCCCUCCCUCUCUCCCAAGCCGCCAGCCCCCAAGUCGGCUGUGGUUGGGCACCUGGUUUGGGUCCUGCAGAGCUGGGCUCCGGUCCUGGGCUCUGAACCUGUGAACCCUUGCUGUGUACGGACCUUUCCUUCCUCUGAGGGCCUUGAACCCUCUCCUUUUCUUCUCUUUUUUUUCAGGGGGGGGUUAACUUUCUUUUCUCUUCCCUGUAUCUGCCUCUCCCUCCCCUCAAUUUCCUGUUUUAAAACUGAAUGGCACGAAAUUGUUUUCCUCAACUCGGAGAUUCCUGUAUGGAGAGAAUCAAUUUCUAUAUUUGCAAUAAAUUUCUUAUUUAAAGCUA